AUUUUGUUUAGGCAAAAGAAAUGGAUGAGAGAAAAAGUGAAAGUGAUAAAAUGGAAGAAAUCAUGCUACCAGGGUUCAGGUUUCAUCCAACAGAUGAAGAGCUUGUUGGGUUUUAUCUGAAAAGGAAGAUUCAGCAGCGUACUCUCUCAAUAGAGCUGAUUAAGCAAGUAGACAUCUAUAAAUAUGAUCCAUGGGAUCUUCCAAAACUGGCAGCUACAGGGGAGAGAGCGUGGUAUUUCUACUGUCCCAGGGACAGAAAAUACAGGAAUAGUGCAAGGCCGAACCGAGUAACCGGAGCUGGAUUUUGGAAAGCCACAGGGACCGACCGCCCCAUCUAUUCCUCGGAAGGCACCACCAAGUGCAUUGGCUUGAAGAAAUCUCUUGUUUUCUACAAAGGUAGAGCAGCCCAAGGGGUGAAAACUGAUUGGAUGAUGCAUGAGUUUAGGUUACCUUCUCUCACCGACUCUGCACCACCAAAGAGAUACCUUGAUAAAUGCAUUCCUGCCAAUGAUUCAUGGGCGAUAUGCAGGAUAUUCAAGAAAAACAACUCCACAGCUCAAAGAGCUCUUUUUCAUUCCUGGGUUUCUCCGAUACCUGAAACAUCAUCAAUGUCCGAUAUGGUUAGUAGAGGUUCAAACAGUAACACUGAUGUACUACUACAGACAUGUUCCGCUGCGUUUUCUCCUUUAGAUUUUUUCCCUUACAAGCCCAUCAACCCGAUGGCUAAAGAGAAGCUACCUCAAGUACAUCCCAUGUCCAACGGAGACCUAACUAGCCUUGUUUUUGCACCUCUCGAUCAAAACUCACCUUCUGCGAAACCGACAGUCGACGUUACUUCCAUGUUGCUAAACAUGUCAUCUUCCAUGCUCGGAGAUUACGAUAGGGCCUUGAGUAUUAGUAAUACCGUUGUGUCACAAGAUCAUUGCAAUGGCGGCUUCUCCUCAGGGGCAUUGCCACAUGAGAUGCAAGGGAACAUGAUGAUCAAUAACGAUGAUCAGUGGGAUGGUAUACGAUCCGUUGGAUUUCCCUUGAGUUUGCCUUUGCCAAUGCUCGUGCCAAGCAUGCCUUGGGACUCUUCAUGUUCUAGUGAGAUGUCAACAAGUUUUUCUUCGACUUAG